AUGAAGAGGCUGCCUUUCAAGCCCACUGCGCUGCGCAAGGCUGCCCCCAAGCCGUCUCAACCUGAAGAAGCAAAUAACAGUGACGAUGAUGGACUUUCCCUGUUUAGCCGUCGAAAGGAAAUGGAGCCUAUUGUGCAAGCUGACCGAGACCGACGCACAAAGAAACGUCGCGCAGCUGACUUGGAGGAGGAGCGCCGACAGCUCGAGACUACUAAAGAGAAGCAAGCGCGCGACGAACUCGAAGAUGCGAAGGACUCCGGAGUUUUUAGUCAGGAUGAUUCCAACAAUGUCCAGGAAGACCCUCCAUCCGUUCAACCAAGCAGUGACACUCCUGUUGCUGAGCCGGCUUCGACACAAGACGGAGCUGAAUGCGCCAGGUUUGCCUUUCUAUCCUGCGACUCCGAACCAUCCGUUGACUCUUUUAGUGAACUUGUUACGCCUCCUCCUUCCAAGCGAUCAAAGCCUGAUCCAGACUCAACUCAAAGGCCACUGCUGAGCAUGCAAACCGACGGCGAAGAAGAUGAAGACCCAUUCCCCGAUGCAUCGCCGACUCCGCGAGUACGCCCACAGCCUGAUUCCCCAAGCCCGAUCAGAAGUCGCAAGCCAGAGUUCACACCACUACAGCCCAAGCAAAUCACAGAACCCAUUAGCAUUGAUUCUGACUCAGAGGAUGAGGUGAAGCCCAGUCAAAUGGCAAAGCGACGAAGCAGUAGUAUUGAAAUCAACGACUUGACCUCGACAAAGCCUUCUAAGGAGCCUACAUCGCCGCCGGCAGCGGCAGCAGCGGAGGACGACGAGUUCGCCGAGUACAUUCGAAGAGCUGAGGAGAAUCGCGCCCGCCAGCAGGCCCUGCAGUCGGCCAAUACGAACGACUCGCCAAAGAAGGAAGUGAUCAGUGUCAUGAUCACGAGCACCAUACCUGGCUCUGGCAUCUUGAUGGCCAAGUUUCUCUUUGACAAGCAGCUCCGUAUCGCACGCGAUGCAUGGGUGAAACACCAGCAAAAGAAGGGUCUGGACAUCAAGCCCGACGACAUCAUUCUCACGUGGCGACGAAGCAAACUAUACAACACUUCGACCCUUACCGGCCUGGGCAUUCGGCCAUCUGGCAACGGAAAGGUAGAGGCCGAUGGCCUUGGCUCUGCUGGAUUCAGAGAAGACCGGUCUGUGGUACAUAUCGAGGCCUGGACUCCUGAACUCUUCCAUGAGAUGGAGCAGAACGAGGAGUUGCAGCGCAGGCGCGACGCAGGGGAACUCUCAGAUGAUGAGGAACCCCAGCCUGAGGAGAGGGAGAAAUUCAUAAUCAUGCUCAAGGGCCGCGACAUUGAGGCGCUUGAAUGCAAGGUCAUGCCAGAGACGACUGUCGAUACCCUGAUCGCCGUAUUCCGCAAGCAGCGCCAGAUCGGUUCUGACAAGGAGGUGUCCCUCUGGUGGGACGGCGAUCGUCUUGAAGAGCACGUCGAGAUGGAACAGGCCGAGAUCGAAGAGCAUGAUACAAUCGAAGUACACGUGCAGUAA